GGGAAGCGCCGGGAGCAGCGAGCCAGAAGGCUGGGGACAGCGAGCCGUGGGCCGCUCGCGAGCACCUACUAGUGGCCGGAGGAGAAGACAUCCGUGGAGGCCUUGCUGCCCGGCCCUCCCCAGGGGAGGCUCGCGUUCCCGCCGCUCGCGCCUGCGCCGCCCGCCGGCCUCGGGAGCGCGCCCUCUCGCUGGUGCGCGCGCUCGCAGUCUCCGUCACCCACCAGCUCCGGCACCAGCAGCAGCACCGCCGCCACCGCCCACCUUCUGCCGCCGCCACCAGACACUUUAUCCUGUGCUUUCCUCUUCUGCCCUCGCCCUCUGUCGACUACCAGGGGCCUUGAACCAGGAUGGCUGAGCCCCGCCAGGAGUUCAACAUGAUGGAAGAUCAUGCUGGGACAUACGGGCUGGGGGACAGGAAAGAUCUCGCCUCUCAGGGGGGCUACAACGUCCUGCAGGACCACGAGGCCGAUGUGGACCACGGUCUGAAAGGCUCUCCCCUGCAGGCCUCCGCCGAUGACGGAUCUGAGGAACCAGGCUCUGAAACCUCUGAUACUAAGCGCACUCCGACGGCCGAAGACGUGACAGUGCCCUUAGAGGAUGAGGGAGCCCCCGGCAAGCAGGUGGUCGCUCAGCCCCACACGGAAAUCCCAGAAGGAACCACAGCUGAAGAAGCAGGCAUUGGAGACACCCCCAACCUGGAAGACCAAGCUGCUGGACAUGUGACUCAAGUUUCCGCAGAGCCCCAGGCCUCAGGGCCCGCAGCGGAAGGGCACGAUGAGCCCCCCGAGUUCACGUUCCACGUGGAAAUCAAAGCCAAUGUGCAGAAGGAACAGGGACGUUCAGAGGUGGAUUUGGAAGGGGCUGCACUUCCGGGGGCCCCUGGAAAGGAGCAGGAGCCCCAGGGCCCCUCUGAGGAGGAGGACACAGAAACGACUGACCUUCCAGAACCAUCUGGAAAGCAGCCUGCAGCUGGUCUUCCGGGGAAGCCCGUCAGCCGGGUCCCUCAACUGAAAGCUCGCAUGGUCAGUAAAAGCAAAGACGGGACUGGAAACGACAAGAAAACCAAGACAUCCACACCUUCCUCCGCUAAAACCCUGCACAAUAGGCCUUGCCUUAGCCCCCAACGCCCCACUCCUGGUAGCUCAGACCCUUUGAUCAAACCCUCCAGCCCUGCCGUGUGCCCAGAGCCAUCUUCCUCUCCUAAACACGUCUCUUCUGUCACACCCCGAACUGGCAGUUCUGGAUCAAAGGCGAUGAAAGUCAAGGGGGCGGAUACUAAAACUGGAACAAAGAUUGCCACACCCCGGGGGGCAGCCCCUCCAGGCCAGAAAGGCCCAGCCAAUGCCUCCAGGAUUCCAGCGAAAACCACCCCUUCCCCAAAGACCCCACCUGGCACAGGUGAACCUGGGAAAUCUGGGGAUCGCAGUGGCUACAGCAGCCCCGGCUCUCCGGGCACUCCUGGCAGUCGUUCCCGCACCCCGUCCCUGCCCACCCCACCCACCCGGGAGCCCAAGAAGGUGGCGGUGGUCCGCACUCCACCCAAAUCGCCGUCUUCAGCCAAGAGCCGCCUGCAGACUGCCCCCGUGCCCAUGCCUGACCUGAAAAACGUCAGGUCCAAGAUUGGCUCCACCGAAAACCUGAAGCACCAGCCAGGAGGCGGGAAGGUGCAGAUAAUUAAUAAGAAGCUGGAUCUUAGCAACGUCCAGUCCAAGUGUGGCUCAAAGGAUAAUAUCAGACACGUGCCAGGAGGCGGCAGUGUGCAAAUAGUCUACAAACCAGUGGACCUGAGCAAGGUGACCUCCAAGUGUGGCUCGCUAGGCAACAUCCAUCAUAAACCAGGAGGUGGCCAGGUGGAAGUGAAGUCUGAGAAGCUGGACUUCAAGGACAGAGUCCAGUCGAAGAUCGGAUCCCUGGACAAUAUCACCCACGUCCCUGGCGGAGGGAACAAAAAGAUCGAAACCCACAAGCUGACCUUCCGUGAGAACGCCAAAGCCAAGACAGACCAUGGGGCGGAGAUCGUGUACAAGUCGCCCGUGGUGUCUGGGGACACGUCUCCGAGGCACCUCAGCAACGUGUCCUCCACAGGUAGCAUCGACAUGGUAGACUCGUCCCAGCUCGCCACACUAGCUGACGAAGUGUCCGCCUCCCUGGCCAAGCAGGGUUUGUGAUCAGGCCCCCGGGGCGGUCGAUAAUCGUGGAGAGAAGAGAGUGAGAGAGUGUGGGAAAAAAAAGAAUAAUGACCUGGCCCUUCACCCUCUGCCUUCCCCCAGCUGCUCCUCACAGGUCGGUUAAUCGGUUAAUCACUUAACCUGCUUUUGUCGCUCGGCUCUGGCUCGGGACUUCAAAAUCAGUGACGGGAAUAAUAGCAAAUUUCGUCUUUCCAAAUUGAUGGGGUGGGCUAGGAAUAAUAAAAUGUUUUUAAAAACACUUGGAAAGAUGGCCACCCCCAACAUUUCCUUGGGCAAUUACUUUUGAUUCUUUUUUUUCCCCCCCCUCUGAGUAGAAGAGGGAGGAGGAGAGGCUCUGAAAGGUGCUUCUGGGGAAUUUCAAGGGACUGGGGUGCCCCUCCUCUGGCCCCAUCUUGGGGGCGUCACAGAGGCAGCAGCAGCAACGAAGGAUUUGCAACUUGGUGCGUUGGUGGAGCCACAGGCGCAUUGAACCUUGUGUGAGUGGGAUGGGGUGGGGGUGGGGAGAGACAGUAGAGGCUGAGGCGGGGUGGGGGGGGGAGAGCUGGCGAGUGUGGGAGAGCAGGCGAGUGGGGGGCAGGAGAUACUGCUCCCUGCUGGGAGGGCCAACAGCCGCCACAACGCAGCACACUCGACCAAGUGGCCUCCUGUUCUUGGUGGCCCGGGGUCUGCUGCGGGUCAGGGUGUCACCCUCUGGGAGAAGGGCUCUGGUCCCUCCCAGCCUGAAGGGACAGUGGGCAGGAGGAGAAGGUUGGUGGGAGGGUGGUACCCUGUGGGUUCCUUCCUCAGAGAAGACUGACCUCAGCGUCCUGAGUGCUGGCCUUGUUCUCCCCGCCCACAGGGGCGGGGGUCCCCUGAGCUGAGGGGCUCCCCUCCGCCCCACAGAAACCCCGUUUUAUUGAGUUCUGACGGUUGGAACUGCAGCCACGAUUUUGGCCACCUCACAGAUCUGGACUUUAGGGCUAACCAGUUCUCUUGUAAGGACUUGUGCCUCUUGGGGGACACCCGCCUGUUCCCAAGCCUGGGCCCCUGGCAUCUCUAGAGUGUGCGGGGGCCUGGGGGGCGGGUCCUGAGCCUCUCGUCCCUCCCACGGCCACUGCAGCCACUUGUCGCCUGUGUGUCUGCUGUGUGGAGCCCAGUCACUGCCUGUACCCCUCAUUAUGUCACACUGUCCCGAGUUCCCAGCCUCACCAAACCCCUUCUCGGUAAUGGACAUUGUGUGGACGUGGGAGGCACCUACUGUGAACGAAGGGCUGAAAUCGAGGGAAGGCCAAGCGCGGGCACAAGGUGGGACUGCAGUCUCAGUCUCAGUCACACUCAUCCAACUGGCAUGUCCCUCACGAUGAACCUGACGACCCUACCUUACGCGGUUCCCUGUCCCCCGCUUCCCAUCACGGAUGUGAACAGGGUGGCUCGGCAAUGACCCUGGAUGUGGACUUGGAGGGCCUUUUUCUCCCAGAAGGCCGGUCCCCUUCCUGUGCUGAGCUGGCAGCAGGCGGGGUGUCCUGGCUGCCAGAGAUGGCACUGGGACAGGCAGGCCUCUCAGGGCAGGACUACAUCCCUUCUGUCCCCUACUUCCGCCCCCCCCUCCCGCUUGUGACUGCCAGCCUCUCAGAGCUCAGCCGCUCCUCAACCCCAGGUGCAUAUAAUCAGCCCUCCACGCGCCCAAAAGGGAAACACACCCCCUUGGAAAUGGUUCUUCCCCCGUCCCAGCUGAAGGCAAUGCUGUCUGUCCUGCUGGAGCAGCUGAACAUAUACAUAGAUGUCACCUUUCCUUCCCCGUCUCACCCUGUCACGUUAUAGUCGGAUUUGUCUGUUUAUGCUUGGAUUCACCAGAGUGACUAUGAUAGUGAAAAGAAAAAAAAAAAAAAAAGGACGCAUGUAUCUUGAAAUGCUUGUAAAGAGGUUUCUAACCCGCCCUCCGGAGGGUCCUGGAUGUCUCGUACCCCCAUGCUGGGCCCGGGUUCCAGGGGGCCAGUGUGGCUCCUAUCUGUUGGGGUCCCCCAAUCUCUGAAAGGCUUUCUGCAGCAUCUGGGACCCAACAGGGACCAGAUUCUGACAUCUGAGAACCCUCAGCUGCGAAGAACCCCGAAGCACAGGACCAGGACAGAAGCUGCGGUGGCCCCUCCGGCCCCCCAGGGCCUCCCUUGGUCUUGGGACUGGCCUGGUUGGCAGCAUGAAGAUGGGCCUCUCUGGUCACAGCCUAGAGAAGCCCCACAGCGGCCCUGAAAGAGGGCCUUCCAAUUCCCUGCAUCAGGAGAGAGAUGAAGCCAGUGCCGGCUGGGGAAAGGUCUGCGGCCCACCCCUUCGCCUGGGGUCCCUCUCCAAGCUCUCCCUCAGGAAGGGCAGCCCAGGCCUCCCCACCAAGGGCCCCACAGCCACAGCAGGGCUUGGGAUACACUGCCUGCCCUGAACGAGGCCCCAGCCGCCCGACAGAGGGAGGGUGACCAGUCAGGAGACACCAUUCCCAAAGCCUUGGCCAGAGCCCCCGCUGACCUUGCACAACUCCCAUCUGCUGCAGUGGGGGAAGGGAAGCAACCCUUGGUAGAAAACUGUUGUUUAAAGAAACUCAGCAACCUCAGGCCCACUUCUGCCACUUUCGGUUUAGGUGGUUUAAAGCGACCCCGGGGGAUGGUGGUAGGAGUCAGGGCACCCCUCUAGGACUGGAGGCUUCAUUUGCAGCCAGAGCUUUCUGUGCAAGGAAGCGUCUUGGCCCAGAACUUUCCACUCUGAGGCUCCCCACUGUCCUUUGAGUCCCAGCCGUUCUUAGAAGCGUUCUAAGAAAAAAAAAGUAAAUGUGGCUUCAAGACUUAGUAGCUGUUAGUGACGUGGCCCCUCAUUCCUGCCACUAAUUUUGGCUGCGUUUCUUCUUGCACGUCUUCUGGCUUUCUCUUCCUGCAGUUCCUGCGCCCUGUUCUUCAGUACCUUCUUCCGAGGGCCUUAAUUGGAGGGCUGUGGAAUCUCUGUAGGGUGGGCUCCUGGGGUCAGCCUCAAGGUCAUGGUUUCGGGUGAUCAGGUCAGUGCGGGCAGGGAGAUUGCAAAGGGAUGCUGGCUUGCGACAUUCACUGAGGACAAUCUCCCAAGGGCUGGGCACUCGCCCAUCCCCCUUCCCCACCUCCAUUGUCAAUGUCCCUUGGGUGGGCUAGAUAGGAUAUGCUAAAUGUCUGGUUCCUUCAAGCUCUCCACUCUAUCAAUAGUUCCAUUUAAAUUGACUUCAGUGGUGAGACUGUAUCCUGUUUGCGAUUGCUUGUGCUAUGGGGGUAGGGGGGAGGAACCUGUAAGAUAGUUACCAUGGGCCAAGGGAAGUCUUGGAGCGCAGCAGUUUUAAACUGCCUUGUAACCCUUUUUCUUCAUUUCACCCACGUGUGCUAGAGGUCCUUGGGGCUUCACCUUUUCAGUGACAUGAUUCCCAAGUGCAGCAGGCUGCCCGCUACUUCCCAUCUCCCUCCCAGCCACAUGCAGUGAGGAUGGGGGAAUCUGGAGAUAUGGUUGCUCUGGCUUCUUGCCGGGUCCCAAGCCCCCAGUCACGCCUCCCAAAGAUCCUGGCAUCCUUUCCUCUAAGCCGUGGGCACCUCCGUGUCCUUCCCCACCAGCUCCCAGACACGCAGCCUAUAUCUCACAGCUGCCAAGAUCUCUUCCUUCACCCUCUUUUACUUUUGUCCCCCAAAUAAAGUCAAGAGGUGGGGAUGAGGGCAGAGGUGGAGAUCAUCAGCGUGUCCCACAUACAGACCCGUGGCUUCCUGAGACUUCCGGUUGCUCUUCCGUGUUGAAAAGGGUUACCCUGGGCACCGACCCAGUCUCACCUCCUAAUGGACUUAGCCCGUGAAUUUGCAGUGCUGGGCAGGACAAUUUCUGGCACUUGCAAGUCCCAUGAUUUCUUCAGUCAUUUUAAGGGUGGGGGGAGGGACAUGAAACCAUAUUAGCUUAGCUUCCUGUCUGUGAAUGUUCAUAUGGUGUAUUGUGUGUUUUAACAAAUGAUUUACACUGACUGUUGCUGUAAAAGUGAAUUUGGAAAUAAAGUUAUUACUGAUUAAA